ACCGCCGUCAUGCCCUCCUCACCACCAUCCUCGCCAGAGGUCAUCUGCAUAUCCCCGCCAGGGAGCCAAGACAAGCCGACGGGCUCAAGGCCAGCGACAUCGACGAGCUCCGAUGCUCGCGCGGCGAGGGCGGCCGCCAUUCGCGCGUCCGUGGCCUCGUCGUCGGCCGCACCUUACACUGUGCCUUCCUCAUCUAAGCGCAAAGUCACGAGCUCACAGUCGCGAUCCCGCGUCACCGAGCGCAUGCUCAAUUCCAUGACCUCGGACAAGAAUCCCAUCACCCACUCGAACGCGUUCGAGAAGACCGACCACGUACACUCGUGCAGCACCGGACACCAGCAGCGCGGCGGCGACCGCGGCUUCUGGGCUGUCGCCCGGGACAUGGGCCUCAAGGCCGAGGGGGAAAAGCACACGUACUGGUCGGUGCGGACGGCCAAGGUCGAGGCCGGUGCACGGGAGAAGCAAACGUCCAUCUUCGCCGGCUGUGUCAUCGCCAUCAACGGCCCCACAGGCCCAAGGGUCUCCAACCUCCAGCUCCAGAACCUCAUCACGGCGAACGGCGGCCGCUUCGCCCCGCACGUGCACUCGGGCUGCACGCACGUCGUGGCCGAGCGGCUCAGCGGGUCCAAGGCGCAGAAGUACAUCAACGGACAGGGGAGCCGCGGGGCGAGCCGGCGCUCGCAGGUGGUCAAGGUCGAGUGGGUGCUCGACUGCGUGGCCAAGGGCAAGAGGAUCAGCGAGGCGGGAUACUCGUCCGUAGAGGACCCUACCCAGAAGAACCUGUUCGCCGCGUUUGGUUCCAAGCCGCCAACGCCAGCCUCUGCCACUGCUGCCGACCAGCAGUCUUCAUGACCCACGACAGCAUUACACAACACUCUGUACCAUUAGACAACCUCACGACCCUUACGCUUUUGCUAUGAUACCAU